AUGAAUACCGAAUCUACUUCCAAUGAAUUAUGGUCUAAUGUGGAGGACUCACAAGUACCCAGUAUUAGCUCUCAAAAUUAUGCAAUACCAUUUACAGAAGACAUUUAUUAUCAAAUUUCAACAUCCUCAAGUAGUAAUAGCAACGAUUAUCUGUCUAGUGAGGUAGAUGUAACAGAUAAUGAUAUUACAAACUCAAAUCUAAUUGAAAACAAUCUUUUAAAUGAAGAAGAGAAUUUAGUCAAUCACAUUUUAGACAGGACCAAUGAACCAUUACAAAAUCAUAUAAAUAAUGAAAAUAUUCUUCUUCGACACUCUAGUAAUAUCAAACCUACAAGUAAUACUUUCACCUUAAUAAAUGAGCAAGGUCCAAAUCAAAUGAUAGAUGUAUCAAAAUACAUCUUUGACUCAUUAAAACAGGCUAUUGAAUCUGCAGAUUUUUCUGAAUCAUUAGCCUACCAAACAAAGACAUCAGCACAAAUCAAUGCCAAAAGUCUUGAGUUAAAGCAAUUAAUUGGUGAAACACAAAGUAAAAUAUUAUCCUUACAAGAACGAUUUGAAAGAGGAGUUGAGGUAUCUAGAAAUAUAAAAAAAAACUUAGAUUAUGCCAAAAAAAGCAUAGAAAAAAUCAAUGGUAUCUUAAGGACAGAAUAUCCUAUCGAAUAUAAUAAAACAAGAGAAAAUAUUAUGGAACGUAAUUUUAACACAGAGGAUAAUGAAUAA